AUCCUUGCUUGUGCAGCUAAUUCUGCUAGCAGCUAAAGUGGCUAAAUGUUGUUUUGCAGUUUAUUUUAUGGUCAAUCUGGUCAAAGCAGUUCUGACCAGAUUGGCAGAUAGACAGAAUAUGCCUUUAAACUUUAAUGGUGCCUCCAAGUUAUCCAAAAUGUAUAAGUUUUGAUAUUUUAGCAAACAGAAUUAGCUUUCAAAUGUGUCUCAAACCCUGGUGCUUUAGAAAGACCUAAACUUGUUCCCGACACUUUAUUCCCAUGGUCAUUUUAUUUGGUGCGAGUAAAUUAGUGUUGCAGUGAUUUGGUGAAACAUUUGGCACAGCCUAUAGAGAUGACAUUCAACUUAAAAAUGCUAGUAAAUAGAUUUUUGCUAAGCACCAGAUUUAGCCAUCUACUUCCAAUUCUAUGCUAAGCUAGCUGUUAGCCCUGGCUAUAUACCCACAGUAUUUGAGGCCUGAUUCACCUGUUGAAUGUGUUUUUUUUUCUUUUUAACUUUUAUUCUAUAAAUUGCAUUAAUUUAAAGAGAUGAACUUCAGUUGAUGAAAAUGUUUUAAAAUGUGUGCUUUCAGUCUAAAGAAAUUGGAAUGUAAGCCUUUUGUUUGGAGCCACAAAGACAUUUUCUCCUGUUGGUUCAUGGUGAGCAGCAAUCAGGACAAACAAGAAACCUGAUCUACAGAGUAGCAGAGUCCCCUCCCUCGUUUCUCUUCCUUCUCACACCUGCAGCGUAGAACGGCAAAACAACCAGCAGUCUUUCUUUACAGCGGAGGGAAGGUUUUGACUAAACUGUUCUUGAAAUGUGGAUUUUGUUGGUGUCUUGGUGACAUUUUGCUAAACUUUUUAUAGAUUCAUGCCUUGGAUUUGUCCUUUAGCAACAUGCAGACUCAGCUUGUUGCUGUGUUUUUGGCAGUCGUUGGCUUUCUUGGCACCAUCCUCAUCUGUGCUCUGCCCAUGUGGAAGGUGACUGCCUUCGUUGGGGCGAACAUCGUCACUGCUCAGGUCUUCUGGGAAGGUUUGUGGAUGAACUGUGUGAUCCAGAGUACAGGACAUUUGCAGUGUAAGGCCUACGACUCCGUCCUGGCUUUACCACAGGAGCUGCAGGCCUCCAGGGCUUUGAUCUGUGUCUCAAUCGCUGUCAGCGUGGUGGCCCUCGGGCUCACUGUCGUCGGGGCCCGCUGCACCAACUUCUUCGAUUACGACUCCAGGGCCAAAUCCAAUAUUGGGGUGUCUGGGGGUGCGGUUUUCAUCGUAGCUGGACUGCUGUGCAUCAUUCCUGUCAGCUGGUCGGCUCACAGCAUCAUCACAGGAUUCUACAACCCACUGGCCACCAAUGAGAGAAGGGGAGAGCUUGGAGCCUCCAUAUAUGUGGGCUGGGCAUCUGGAGCUCUGCUUGUAAUUGGAGGAGGGAUACUGUGCAGCACCUACAGGUGCUGAGGCAGGGAAGAUGUACACAACGCUGUCAUCGAUGAUGAAUAGCUGAAUGAGGGCAGUGAUGUGUUCACUGUGAAUGACAUUGUUUGAGAUUGUAGUUGCACUAGGACCGUCUAAAUAAUUGUAUAGCAUACUAAACAUGAAGGAUGAAUUGAAAACGUAUCUAAUAAGAGAGCUCCUUAUGUGAGGUGUUAGUAUGAAGCAUGAAUGAAUACAUAGAUAGGGUAUGGACGAAUCUAUUUUGUAUCUCUGAAUCAUUUUGUAUAUUUGUAUUUUUUUUUUUAACUUGACUAAGUAAAGUAUGUUUUGUAUUUUUGAUAUAAAAAUACCGUCUGUAUAAAAGCAUGAGAAACCUAAAGUAGAUGUGAUUCCGAUGUAUUUGAAUACAAACCUACAAAUAUAAGAAACUUGCCAAUGGAUAUUUUAUUGUGAAUUUUAACAUUUGUCGCUUCGGUUUUAGUCU